CGUUAAUCUAGGCCGUCUUGCUGACUCUGGUAACCGCAUUUUCGAACUCGAAAAUCAAAUCAGAGAAUGGCAACCAAAGAUCGAGGAGUUUGAUAAACUUGAUCAAGUCGUUAGCUGCUAGAGAUGAUGAUUUAUUUAGACACGAUGAACAACGUCGAGAGAUGCAGAUUCUCCUCGGUCGCUUCAAUCAACUCAAGACAAUGACAAAGGCAGAACGAGAUGCUCGUAUUGCUGCUGAAAAUGAAGCACGUAAAUCUCGAAACGAGAGUGAUCAGCUCAAGCUAAAAAACGAACACCUCGAAGGCAGACUCCGGGAAGUGAUCGAAAGUAGAGAAAAGCAGGAAAUCCAUCAAGUGAAGCAAGCGAGAGAAUAUUACGUACCAGAGUCUAAUAAUACAGCACUACAGGAGGAAAUACUCACGCUUCGAUCUCAAGUUGAACGACUGGAGGCUGAGAAAAGGGAGGGUAUGUCUAUGUACUCGCGUGACGACGACGAAUCGAGUGAUGAAGAUGUCGUAUUUACAAGGAGAGAAAGCUCAAGAUCACCAUUAACUAAAUCACCAAGUGUACCUCCAAUUAGUCUCUUCCCUGCCUCGUUAUCAAACGCUUGGACACAAUCGCAACCAACGACACCUCAGGUUAGCACAGCUUCAAAUGAAGCUCUACACACACGUACCCGACAUGUACGCUCACCGACUCUCUCGUCUGCCCCGUCCGUGAUUGCUGGUCUGGGGUUAGGACCGAAUAGCAGAAAGUCAAGUAGUGAACGGAAGCUAUCAAGUUAAUUGUAAAUUUUUUAAAAAGUGUAUAUUAAUCUUUUUUGUUGUUAUUUUCUAAACGAAGAAGACGUUCUCUGGCUUCUCUCAUACGACCACCAUAGGAGGAUGAUAAGGACGAGGCAAGCGAUAAAAAAUAUAUCUCUGCGUAGACUUUCUACAGCUACGAGUACGUCGUCUAGCCAAGCACUCAAAACACCACCGGUAGAGGCUCGUGGUAAGCAGAGCAGCAAAACAGCGAGCGAGGACGUCAAUUUGCCUAUUUUCAACGCCAAAGAGUGGUCAACUUCAGUUCCAAUACAGAAGUCGAGAUUGGUCGCUUUAGCUAAUAGACUCGGCUUGUCAGAUAUUCCAAUAGAAGAGUUAGAAAUUGCAUGCACACACAAAUCGUGCGAUAAAAACAAAAACAAUGAGCAAUAUGAACAAAUUGGUAACACUUUCCUUGGUAUGCUUGCAACUGAGCAUGUUCACGUCUCCUACCCACAUUUACCACUCAAACCAUUAAAAGCAGCAGUCAGUAUGCUCGUAGGUCCUAAAACGUGCGCUGGAUUGAGCAGAGAGUGGGGUGCACAAUCAACCCUCCGUUGGAGCCGUCAGGAUGAUAGCCAGACAUACCUCCACGAAGACGCAAUGUCAAGCCUUUCAAAGAGUAUAGUUGGUUUAAUUCUCAAACAUAAGGGUAUUAAGAGCGCUUACUAUUUCACUCAAUCGUUCUUCCUUUCACGUUCAAUUGAUUUACGCGCUUUACUUAAAUUUGACAACCCAGUCACUGUUUUAAGUCACACAGCUAAGAAGUUUGGAUACAACAAUGUUGAUGUUAAGUUAUUAAAAGAGACUGGUCGGUAUACCCAGUCGCCGGUCUACAUAGUCGGCGUCUUCGCUGAUGAUAAUCUCAAAUUAGGUGAAGGCUUUGGAUCUUCACUCAAAAUGGCAAAAUAUCGCGCUGCUAAUAACGCCCUUCAACAACUUUACUUGCAUUACAGACCAUCAGAUUCACUUCCGUCAGCUACGCUCUUUGACGAGCCAUACAACUCAUUGCCAUUAGGUAAAAGUGAAGUCCUGUUCAAAUCUGCAUAAAAAUUUUGUUUCCCUAUAGAUGGUUUUUUCCUUUAUAAUGAAAAUCUAUAUCAACCUCGUCGUGAGUAGCAUCUGAGUGAAGUCUUGGUACGUGAUGAAUGAUUUAUUUUCAGAAAUCGUCUCCAACAUUAUUUGUGAUUGUUUAUCGCUAAUCUUCUCACCUAAUGAUUUAAUCACCCGACGAAGAUUGCUUAUAUCCAGCAAUGACAUCUCAUUAACUUCUCUUGGGUUUUCAAAGAAAAGCUUGAAAGUUGCGAGGCUAUUUUCCAGUUGUUUCUUCGUCACUCUGGGAGUUUGCUCUUCCUCAUUAUCUGAUUCGUCUACAGCACCUUCACUGAUAUCAUCGUCGUUAUCGUCACUCUCGUUAGCGCGGUAGACAUCGUCGUCGUCGUUAUUUUCGUCGUCACUGUUGUCAGCGUCACGCUGGCUUAUGAGCACCGCAAUUACGGAAGCGAAAUCGGGCCAUUGUAUUGUUGUACUAUCCUUAUUAGUUCCCCAACCUUGAGCAGCCUGAGUGAGGAUUUCCAACACUUGUUCGUCAUUAUCAUCUAAAUUUAGUUGGCGUAGAGCGUAGCGUGAUCGUGAUAAAGGCAUUUCAUUGUCGUUAGAGUCAUCCUCGUUGAUGGUCUCGCCUUCUUCUGGUACAAAUCCACCAGAUGUGUCUUCCUCAGGUAGAAAGCCACCUUGAGUGUCCUCAUCAGGUAGGAAACCACCUCCUGUGUCCUCUUCUGGUAGGAAACCGCCAGCGGAAGUAUUAUCAGAUGUCGUAGGAUGAUUUUUGGUAUUUUUACGUUGGCAUUUCUCAAAAACUCUUCUUAUUUCUCGCUGCUGGGACGUUCUCAGUCUACUAAAAUCAUCGUCGAGGUGCUGAGCAGCGCUAACGACAGCAGGCGAUGGUGAACGAGAAGCUUCCAAGUGAGUUCGCCUGGUUAUAACCUAUCAAUAGUUAGCUAGAUAACCUCCAAGUCU